CAGUCGGAUGUCUUUCAGUCAGAGUUAAGCUUCUGAUUUAACACCUUACAUAGAGCUGUAGAAACACAAUGAUCAUUUUGAAUUUAAGUAGCUAAAUAACUCAAAAGAAGAAGUGAUGAACAGAGACGCAAGGUGUGCGCUCCGGAGCCAGAAACAACCCAAGGCGCAGCAGCCGGUUUACGCGCAGAGGAAGAAGAAAGAUUAUUCUGGAGAAGCUCCCAGUGGCUCUCAGGAGGGGAAGGGGAAAGCACCGGGGAAAACACCGGGGAAAGUGUCCUCGGGUUCCCCGACAGAGAGGAAGCUGUCCGACGCCUCCAACACCUCGGAGGAUCUGAGCAAAGACUCCGGCUGCGCGUCCGGGAAACUGUCCUCCUCCUCGGACAGCAGUUCAGAGAUCUCAGACUGCCCCUCGGAGGGGAACAGCAAAGAGUCUCCGAGCAGAGACUUAAGCUGGAUCGACAGAGGAGCUUAUCUGUGGGGAAGUGAUGGGAACCCGUGCGUAAAGGGAGACUCCCAGCCGCCCGAUGGUGCUGCCGCCCGGCUCAGCCUGCUCCAGUCUCCGGGGGUUUUCAUGGAUCUCAUGAUGGGGGAGACCACCGAGGACCUGGUGCGGGAGGUGGAGGAUUUGAGAUCAGAGAACGAGUAUUUGAAGGAUGAGGUGGAGGAGCUGCGCUGUGAGAUGCUGGAGAUGCGCGACCUGUUCCAGGAGGAGGAGGUCUACCAGCUGCAGAAUCUGAAGCUGCAGCUGGACCAGGCCAACAAGACCUGCCGCGUCCUGCAGUACCGCCUCCGCAAGGCCGAGCGCCGCAACCUCCGAGUGGCCCAGACUGGGGGGGUGGACGGGGAGCUGGUCCGCAGCCUGGAGCAUGACAUCAAGGUUGCAAAGAGCGUGUCUCUGCGGCUGUACAGCGAGCUGGAGGCGCUGCAGAAGAAGGAGGCGGCGCUGCAGUGGGAGAACGAGGCGCUGCGGGAGAAAACUCAGGAGCUGGAGGUCACCAAACAGGUGCUGCAGGCCGAGCUGGACAAAACCAGAGAGAGCACCCUGAAGAGGAAGAGCCUCCGAUCAUCAUCCAGCCGAGCGGAGAAGAGGCUCUCUCAGCAGAUCGAGGACGACAGCGCUGACCUCCGGUGUCAGCUGCACUUUGCCAAAGAGGAAUUAUCCCUGAUGUGCAAGAAGCUCUCCAAGCUGGUGUUGGAGAGCGAGAUCCUUCGGGAGGAGCUGUGCAGAUAUCGCUCGGCCUUCGGAGACGUCGAUGCCGCGCAAUCCGCAGAGGGCCGACAAACCACCGCUCACAGCCGGGAGGCCGAGGUCAAAGUUCACCUGAGGCUGGUGGAGGAGGAGGCCACGCUGCUGAGCCGGCGCAUCGUGGAGCUGGAGGUGGAGAACCGAGGACUGAGGGCGGAGAUGAGCGACAUGAGGGAGAAGACGGGAAGAGGAGGCGAGGAAGAGGAUGAAAUGGCGUGGAAGGACAGAGAGGGAAGUUCGAAGCAGGUACAGGAAGGUAGAAGCGAUGUGGAGAAUAUUCAGAUUACACGAGAGGGUCCAGUGGGAGGGGAGUGGGACCCUGCAGACGCUCAGGAAAACUACAAAAACCCCGACAGACGAAUGACGGUGAAGGAAUAUGAAACUUUUCUCGCUCUCAGGGAUCAUUCCUGCAUGUUGGGCUCAGCCAUCCAGCUCCUGACGCCAAAAAACCGACGCCGCUCGUCCACCUUUAGUUCCCCGACGGAGGAUUUCGACUUGAAGGCGCAGAAGAGUUUUUACGACGCCUUGGAGCUCCUGCAGGCCAUGCUGAUGGCUUUCAUCGGACACGUGGAGACGCUUCUAUCAGCGGAGGAUUUGGGGAAAAAGGAAGUUUGGGACACUUUAUCCUUCCUUUCCGGUGACCCUGACAUUCAAGAGUCUCAGAGUAAUCAGGAGUUUGUGGAGGAUCUCCGCACCUCUGAGGUUAAAGAAAGGGAAAAACAUACGAGACAAUCGACCUGUUUCCAGUCGGACUUGAUGCAAAGCUGCAUGGACCCUAAGAUCCGACUGUCCCUGCAGAUUCUGAGGAUCCUCCAUCAGUGGGUCGAGAUUAAAGGACGCGAUCUGGAGGGGAGCGAGGGUGCAGACAGAACCAGGUCUGUGCUGCGGGGUUUGCUGCAGGACCUCGCUGCAGAGCUUCAGGACGAGCUGAAUAAUCUGGACGGCGAGGCAAACGCGACGCAGAGCAGGGCAGCUGAGGGUGGUGUCUCUCACCAUGAAGGCAACAGAACCUGCAGCUGUAAAAGCCUCGGGCGUCAGUUUUCUCGACGCGGCAGCAAGAAGAAGAACUGGUGCUAUCUGAGCAUGGAGUCGGAGCAGCUGGACCGGGAGAACCCUGUGAAGACGUGGGAUCACCUCGUCAUGCCGCGCAGCUUCCCCGAGAUUGACUUUGAGAAGAUAUCCGCGGGGAGGAGCCACACCGCCCCGGAGAAGUCAGCUCAGCGUAUCUACUUCAGCCCGCCGUCAGCACGGAGGGUGCAUCAGGCUCAGCUGAAGCACAACCCUGAGUCCGUGAGCUCCAUCUCGCCCUGGUGCUCGAACCUCAGCGACGACAUGAAGGAGAUGACGGCGGGCUGGAGGGUUCGGCAGUGCGACGUGGACGUGGCCUGCUCUGGCACUCAGACCAGCAGGAAGCCGAAGAUGGUGAGCGUCGCCCUGCAGACGGAGGGUCCGGUCAGCGUUAGGAGUCCAACCCGAGGCCUGAGCUCCUCCCUGGUCUCCGCCCGAUCACACCACAUCUCGUCCUCGCUGGAUGGAGUCCCGGGAAGAAUCAGAUCCUCUGCAACGUCCUCUUCGCCAAAACUCUACCGGCGACACUCGACAUCCGGGGUGUCUUCCGCAGCCAUCUCCUCGUCUUCGUCCAGAGAUCGAUCCCUGUGGAGCCCCAACUCACAAAGCAACACCAGCCUCACGUGGACCCGACAAAGACCCGGUGCAGGACAGAACGCGGGCGCCAAGCCUCCCACUAAACCUGCAGCCGGUAACCGGUAUGGCAUGGUGACGGAGUUCUUGCGCAGGGUCAGCGGCCGGGUGGAGAAACCGGUGCCAGGGUUAGCCCAGAAGACCAAGAGCGGGAUGAAGAACCUGGAGCGGAUCCCGACGAGGCCUUCAGCCGCCGCCUCGCUGCAGCGGAGCGACAGCAUGACCCGGAUCGUAAACCAGAGGUUCAUGAAGCAGCGAGAGGAGAAGAGUGCCGGGAUCAACACCGGUGUCCGACAGAGUCCGAGCACCGGGACUUCAGAGGAGGGAAACUACGACUGCAGCUCCGGCGGCUCGUUGACUUUCUGCUUCGCUCGUCCGUCCCGCUCGUCUCAGAAACAAACGUCCAGUCAGAACAAACUGCAGAGACAGAGAUUCUCCCCGCCAGCGAGCGUCUCUGCAGACUGAAAGUCAGGAAACCAACGAAGAACUUCUGGACUUCGGAGAGGGGGAAGGGGGUUUUACAUGUGAUCCUGGUUUAAGGCAGGAUGGUUGGACUGUGGGAUGUUUUAGGAAUGGUAUCUUUGUCCUUAUGCUUUCUUUUGGUGCAAUUUAUACUUUAUCUCUUUACAAAUGGAUACAUCUUUAAUGUCAAUGCAUAACUCAAUGUUUUACCUUUUUCUAAAACUGAUUUUGCACUUAUAUUGUAAACCUCUAAUUGACUUUAUAUCAUCCUUGUAGUAUUUCAU